AUGCUGCUGAGCGAAACGGGAGAGGACAUGGCUCUGGAUGCUGAGCGCCUGCCACGGUCCCCAGGCUGCGGCGGGGAAACAGGGCCCAAAACAAACCCAGAGAAGCGGUCCGAGCAGAGGAGCGGGGAGGAGACUGGGCUGGGAAACUUCUCCGCUGCCAGAGCAGACCGCCACCGUGACACCGCCCAGGCACCGCGGAGAGGGGCACCCGAAAGCGAGUCGGAGCCGCUGGCUUGGGUGCCCGUCAUGCAGCAGCGGUGCUGGGUGACUCACCUGUCCCUCGGGCUUGGAGCUGAGGCCCAGGUCCCUUCACUGGCAUGCUGGUUUCUCAGCUGGGGAGGCUCAGUGGCGCAGGUCCCAAGACCCUACCCGCGGUCACCUCCCACACCUGGCCUGGCACCUUCCUGGCCUGCGGACGCCCCUUGCACGCUGAUACAGGAGGGCAGCCGCCUGACCUUGGCGCACCGUGGCGGCCCAGGCACGGACAUGGCCCUGCCAUCCUGGAGGACGGGCAUGAGGCAGGGGAGAUGGUCCCUGCUGGGACGCAAGCACCGGGCUUCAGGCAGGGAAGACACGCACUGCAGCCCCAGCCUUCGGAUCUGCCCCAUUUGCAGCCCACUGCCUCUCAGAGCCCCGCGGGGCCGCCGUGCCAGCCUUCACUGUCUCCACAGGCUUGCCGAGGCCCCGUCCACCCGGCUUUGCCCAGAAAGCCCUGCUCCCCCUCCCCUCCUCAGGAGCCCCCGGAGCACCUCUGUCCUCGACACCAACGUGUCUGGGGCCGCGUUGCUCAGCCGCUGUCUGGCCCUGUGGGGAGCCAGCCCCGGCCACGCGGCCUCCUGCCGAGUGUCAGCAGGAACCGCGACUUCCUCCGACCCCCCCAGGAGCCGCCAGUGCUCGCCGAGUGCCAGCUGCCAGCCCGCCCAGGCCGUGGGCAAACCGCAUGUGAACAGGGCUUUUCUGGGCCGCGACCCCGAAGGGGCAGAACAGAAUUUCAAAGCGAGCUGA